GGGCAGGAUAGGUGUCCUGUCCACCCUCCCAAUCUGCCUGCUGAUGCUCUCCGGCAGAUGACAUCCUCCAAAGCUUACCACUUUCCCCCUGCCACCUCUCCGCAUGUCCUUCUCUUCUUAGAGGGGGUGAGGUGGGGGCUUGGCUUCUGCUUCUCCACUCCACUCCACCGUGCCCUAUCAGACUUUACCAGAAGAAGGAAGAAGAGGAAACCGUCCCCUGGCACCCUGCUCCACCAGCGGGAAACCUAGACCGAGAUAGCUGCCACAGCCACAGGAAGGGGCUCCACGGCCUCCUGGCUUCCCUGAGGCCCCUCCACGUGGCCUCAUCCCGGCCUGGUGCCUGCUCGGUGGGGGGAAAGCCAGCAGAGAGGCAGGAGGGGUAGACAGACAUGAACACAGACACUCAGACUGGAGACAAGACGCAGGGAGAGAACUGUGGAUGUAGGAGAGACUGAGAACAAGGGUCGCAGGUUGAGGAGGAGCCAGGGUGAUGAAAGGAAGGACACACAGGGUGUGCAGGCCUGGCCCAGACCCCUGCUGUGCUCUGGUGGCUUGUGUCAUGAAAGGCAUGUUGCCCCCCUGCCAUCCUAGGACAUUUCUUCCUAGGAGGCGUAGCUUGGAGGAGGACGAGGUCAGUCCUCUCUGUUUCCUAAGGGUGAUAACUAGUGCUGCAAACCUGCAUACAGCCUCAGAAGCAGCCUGAAGCCAGGCUCCUGAGUGUGGGCAUCUUCCUGGCUGUCCCCACGGACAGAGGGGGCGUCUGGGACUCAGUCCCUGUGUCUGGAAGGAUCUGUGGUCCCCAGAUCAGGACAAGGCUCCCAUCUAGUCCUUUACAUACCUGGGGAGUCGGAUGCCAACACCGAGGAGUCCCUGGCCCAGGCUGGUAGGGCUGAGGAGUCCCUGGCCCAGGCUGGUAGGGCUGAGGAGUCCCUGGCCCAGGCUGGUAGGGCUGAGGAGUCCCUGGCCCAGGCUGGUAGGGCAGAUGUGGGGCCAUCUUUCUUCCACUGUGAGUUCUCUCUCUUCAUUCCACUUUCCCUACCAGCCACACGCUCUGUGGGGCUCUGGGAGGCCUGAGCGGGACUGAGGGGAGGCCGCAGCCUCUCUGCUGUGCCUCAGAAGGAAAGCUGCAGUGCUCUGUACUCAGUGUUGGGGGCGUGUCCAUGUGCUGUGGGUGCUGGCUGGUCCUAGGCACCCAGGUGUAUGGGGGAAGGGCCCUGCCCAAGCCAACUCUGACUCAGUGGCAGACAGCAUAGCUAAGCAUUACGGGCAGAUAGCGUACAGCUUAGUGGUGCAACACUCGCCUGGCUGGCAUCUUCAAGGACCAGAGUUCCAUUUCCAGCACUACUGAGCAAGCCCAGACCAGUUAAAGAGACCACUAUGGCCCUGGGUUGAGCUGGGAGGAAACAUGGACUCUGUCAGUGUUGGAGCAUGCUGCACGGGAGGAGGGGACUGAGGGAGCAGGCUGGUGGAUGUAACCGCCACAGGCCUGUCCUCCAGCCCUCCCUAGACUGCACACUCUACUGUCAGCGCCUAGCGUGGGCUGGGUUAGCUCUGCUUUUCCCAGAGGAGGGACUGACUUUGGCUGGGUCAACCCCCCCCCCCCCAGUGUCCGAGGAGCGUCCCACUUGGAGCCAGCUUCUAAGCAGACUCGGGGAAAAUAGCCAGGACUCCCCUGGGCCAUGGGAGCCAUGCCUGUUAGGUCUACAGGACAGGGAGGGAAGGUGAAGCAUGAGCGCUGGGCAGCUUCCUGGUGGAGGCAGCUCUUGAAGCGGACAUUCUGGGGAGAGGCGGCUGCUCCUGAGAGACAUGUGGGGCUGUAGGCUUCAGUGCCUGGUACAGCCGGCCUUCCCUGUGAUGGAGAAGGCAGUAGAAGCCAGCAGUGUCCAGAGCAGAACUGCUUUGGUUUUUAUUUUUGACACCAGCUCCCUCUGUAGCCCAGGCUAACCUGGAAUGAAUUAUACUCUAACCUCACAGCCCUGAGUGUUGGGAUCAUAGGUAAAAGCCACCUUGUCCUGCCCGAGGUAUCUCUGGGUGGUGGCAGGGAAGGCAUUCUCCAGGCUGUGGUGACCAGACAGACAGCCCUUGGGCAACUCAUUUUCUAAGACCCUCCAGUGAAAAGGGCCGCCUCUCCCCAGGUGGUAGCCAUGGCUGGGGCCAACUGGCUUAGACUGUGAGUCAGAAUCCCUGCUGGUUCUCUGUUUCCUGAUGAGUAAACAAGGCCUACGGUCGACCCUCUAGCCUCCGUUUCCUGAGCCGACAGCAGGCCAGCCUGUCACCCUGCUCCUCUCCUGCUGCCCCAGCCUCCAGUCUGCCUCUCUCAGGCUUCCUGUUCCUCCAUCCGGCACACAUGCCUGGCAUGCCGGAGCCUGGUUUGGCUGGGUGUAGGAGGGGCCCUGUGUUUGAGUGCGCUUGUGGAGACGGGUGUGAGGUGCCACUGGGCGCUCCGUGCUGGCAGAGCCAGCUCUUUCUGGGGAGAACGUGGACCUGGGCUGGGGUCUCACUCCUGUUUGUGGAGGACUUCUGCAGCAUCUCAGGGGCACAGACAGCUCAGGAAAGGGACACGGGGACCACAAAUGCCCGCCUCAGCACCACGCUAAGCUGCAUUGUGUGUGUGAGGGGGGGACACUGCUUGACUGUUCGUGACAGCCUUGACAGGAAGGAGGAUGGAAGACCCCCGACCAGGAAAGCGAUAAAGGAAAAGGGUGUUGGUGAAAAACAGAAACGGUGUGUGAAAACCAUGCCCGGUUACUAGGGAGGCUGAUAAUGUGGACGGAGGCUCAGAACCAGUCACACAGCUUGUGACAGGGCAGGACUGGACUCUCUGGACCGCACGAUGGGGGAGCAUCAGGGAGUUGGGGUUGGUACUGCAGGUGCGGGAGGGCAGAAAAUUCAGGGGUCCUGCCCUGCUACUGGCUCUAGCUUGAAGAUGCACCUGGCAGGCAGCCCACCAUUCUGGGGAUCAGGUUCUGGCCUCCUCCCUCCCCCCACUUCCUUUCUCCCUGUCAGCAUUUUCAACCCUGUUUAUUCCCGGAUCAUCGUGGGGGUUCUUAAAAAAACACCCAGUUUUUCCUGGAACGAAUGCAGGAGGCCCUGAGGAUGCUGGGUACGACUAAUGCGAACGGAGUGGCGCGUGUUACAGGCUGGCCCCGAGUGUGUCACCACGUUCAAUCUUUACGGUAGCCUUGUGCCGGGGUUACCUGGAGUAGAAGGGCCAGAGUGCAGGGUUACCCCAUGCUACACCGCUGCUGGAAACCGGCCUGCAGGAGCUCCCUUCCAUCACUCCCAUUUGCUGCUUUCUGGCUAAGAACCCUCAACCAUCUACCAGGUCCCAGAGGCCCGAGACUCACUUCCUCCUCCCAGACGCUGGGGUGUAGUGAGGGUAGGGGGCUCUUGGAGCGGGAACAGGCCAGGGCCCUGUGGGACUUGGAGGCUGAGAGGCAGGAAUGUAGCUUGCAGCCUUGCAGGCAGGAAAUGGAGCUGAGCCUGGCCCAGAGCCCAGCAAUUUGCAUGAGGAGGUGGGAGAGAAAACUUGUUCAUUUUGACUGCCUUCAGCGCGGUUCCCACGCCUCUGAUCAUGUUCUAGUGGCCGCGUCCCCUCCCCUUCUCUGGUCCCGGCCCUGGCCAGCUCCUCACUCCUACAACUAAUGCUAUAAAGAUAUCAAGUCCCUGGGUUUCCUAUUCCCUGUCCAGAAAUAGAACUAUUGGGAGGCCUCUGCUGCUGCCCGAGUUUGGAUCCCUCUUCUGACAGACACCAUUGGCGGUGGGGCUUGGGCAGGCUCCCGUGUUUACUGAGUCUGCUUCCUCGGCUGUGGACUGUGGACUGUAUAGUAGCACUCUCUGCGAGGACGGACGGACAGAAGCUUUCAAUGAAGUACCCUAUGGGAGUCGCUCACUCCCUGCCUGACCUAUCUCACAACAGCUCAGGGUCACAUUUUGACGGUAUGAGGGCAGGCCUUUGUCAAAGCAGAAGCUUGGUGGUCUCCUAGGGCAGGGAUCCGGGUGCGUAGUUAGAGGCUUGGUGCUUCUGGGACCAGAGAGGAGCUGGAGGCCCAUGGGAUAGGCGUCAGGUGUACCCACCCCACCCCCCACCCCAGAGAAACCAGCUUUUGGAGGCUUUGGGGUCCUCAUCAGACCUGUGUUUAUCUCCCAGGCUGGGAAUGGUCAGGUGAAAUCCUGCUUUCUGCUAGGACCUCCCCCACCUCCCCUCCCUGUUGCCCACCCGCUGGUCUCUGCUGACCCCACGUUGGCUUCUAGCCCUGGACAGAGCUGCUGGAGCCUCCUCCGCAAUGCAGCCCCACCCUGAAGGCCUUUGGAGAAGGGAAGGGAGGCCUCCAGUCAGUUAGCUGCUGAGCUAGCUACACCCCAUUCUGUGCGGGGCCCUCCUGAGCCCCCAGCUGAACCGAAUGGGGAGAUGGGGCAACACUUGAUUGCACUUCUGGCCUGGGAGUAAGGGCAGGUGACGCUGGGGAGGACUUUAUGCAGCCCCAGCUCAAACGACUUCACCUUAACUCAUCUUCCUGUAGGCUCUGCCCACCAAACCCUGCUGUGGACUCUAGGGACAGACAGGACAGGGCCGCUCACUGGGCCCCAUGACUAUCUUCCUAGGUGACGCUGCAUCCUGACUAGAGCCCAAGGUUCUGGAAGCAUGGAGUAUGGGAAAGAAUAAGAGUAGGGGAGAGAUGUGGAGAGUUCUGGGUUCUGUCCACGGCCCUGGCUGUAGAACACCCUUGGGGGAGUCGGGAAGAGUGCUGUGGAUCAGUUGGAGCCAACCCUGUUGGUGGCAGUGAGCAGGGCAAGGUUGGAGGGGACAGUUUGGGACCCUUGAGAGAAGGAACUGACUUUGGGGUGGGGACAUGUUUGAUGGUAACACCCACUGGAUCAGGUUCGAGUAGCACUGGGUACCUCCACUAUGGUGGGGCUCCCUUGACCGCCAUCUCCCAAGGCCACAAUGUCAGCCGGGUAGCCAAGUCAGCCAGUGGACCCCUUCACACCUGAGGGGAAGUAGGGGAGGGUGGAGCUCCACACUCCCAGCCAGGCAGCCGAGUUUCCUCUUUUAAGGAUCUAAACCUGUGCACUGGGAUCCCCGGAAAUCAUUUGGCUUCCCUGCUGGCAUCAGGGGUGAGUUACUGGCCUCGGCAAUGCUUCUGCGGCUGCUCCUCCUGGCCCUAGGCCUGCCUCUGGCCAGAACACUCAACUCCAAUGACCCCAAUGUCUGCACCUUCUGGGAAAGCUUCACCACCACCACUAAGGAGUCCCACCUCCGCCCCUUCAGCUUGCUGCCGGCCGAGUCCUGUGACAGGCCCUGGGAGGACCCCCGCACCUGCUCCCAGCCCACGGUUGUCUACCGCACUGUGUACCGUCAGGUGGUGAAGACUGACUCCCGCCCACGCCUGCGAUGCUGUGGGGGUUACUAUGAGAGCAGUGGAGCCUGUGUCCCACUCUGUGCCCAGGAAUGUGUCCAUGGUCGAUGUGCGGCUCCUAACCGGUGCCAGUGUGCACCAGGCUGGCGGGGUGACGACUGUUCCAGCGAGUGUGCCCCAGGAGUGUGGGGGCUGCGGUGUGACAGACUCUGCCACUGUGGCAACAGGAGUUCCUGCGAUCCCAAGAGCGGGGAGUGUUUUUGCCCCUCUGGCCUGCAGCCCCCCAGCUGCCUCCAGCCUUGCCCUCCUGGCCACUAUGGUCCUGACUGCCGGUUUGGUUGCCAUUGCCAGGGGGCAUCCUGUGACCCCAAGAACGGAGCCUGCUUCUGCCCCCCAGGGAGAACAGGACCCAGCUGUAAUGUGCCAUGUUCACAGGGCACUGCUGGCUUCUUCUGCCCCAGAACCAAUCCUUGCCAAAACGGAGGUGUUUUCCAGGUCCUCCAAGACUCCUGCAGCUGCCCUCCUGGCUGGAUGGGUGUCAUAUGUUCCCUGCCCUGCCCAGAGGGUUUCCAUGGACCCAACUGUACUCAGGAAUGUCGCUGCCACAACGGUGGCCUCUGUGAUCGGUUUACUGGGCAGUGCCACUGUGCUCCUGGCUAUAUCGGGGAUCGGUGCCGUGAAGAGUGCCCUGUGGGCCGCUUUGGACAAGACUGUGCUGAGACCUGCGACUGCGCCCCCGGUGCCCGUUGCUUUCCUGCCAAUGGCGCGUGUCUGUGUGAGCACGGCUUCACAGGCGACCGCUGCGAUGAGCGCCUCUGUCCGGAUGGCCUCUAUGGUCUCAGCUGCCAGGAGCCCUGCACCUGCGACCCGGAUCACAGUCUCAGCUGCCACCCUAUGCAUGGUGAGUGCGCCUGCCAGCCAGGCUGGGCGGGCCUACACUGCAACGAGAGCUGCCCGCAGGACACGCACGGGCCGGGCUGCCAGGAGCACUGCCUCUGUCUGCACGGCGGCAUCUGCCUUGCAGACAGCGGCCUCUGCCGGUGCGCACCCGGAUACACGGGACCUCACUGCGCUAGCCCAUGUCCACCGGACACUUAUGGGAUCAACUGCUCCUCCCGCUGUUCCUGCGAAAAUGCUAUCGCCUGCUCCCCCAUCGACGGCACAUGCGUUUGCAAGGAAGGUUGGCAGCGUGGUAACUGCUCUGUGCCCUGUCCCCCUGGCACUUGGGGCUUCAGUUGCAAUGCCAGUUGCCAGUGUGCCCAUGAGGGAGUCUGCAGCCCCCAGACUGGAGCCUGUACUUGCACCCCUGGGUGGCAUGGAGCUCACUGCCAGCUUCCUUGUCCGAAGGGGCAGUUUGGUGAAGGUUGUGCCAGUGUCUGUGACUGUGACCACUCCGAUGGCUGUGACCCUGUUCAUGGACACUGCCAGUGUCAGGCUGGCUGGAUGGGCACACGCUGCCACCUGCCUUGCCCAGAGGGCUUUUGGGGAGCCAACUGCAGCAAUACCUGCACCUGCAAAAAUGGGGGUACCUGUGUACCUGAGAAUGGCAACUGCGUGUGUGCACCGGGGUUCCGAGGCCCCUCCUGCCAGAGGCCCUGCCAGCCUGGUCGCUAUGGCAAACGCUGCGUGCCCUGCAAGUGCAACAACCAUUCUUCCUGCCACCCUUCGGAUGGGACCUGCUACUGUCUGGCAGGCUGGACAGGCCCCAACUGCUCUGAAUCAUGUCCCCCAGGUCAUUGGGGACUCAAAUGCUCCCAGCCCUGCCAAUGUCAUCAUGGGGGAACCUGCCACCCCCAGGAUGGGAGCUGUGCCUGCACCGCAGGCUGGACUGGACCCUUUUGCUUGGAAGGCUGCCCACCAGGAGUAUUUGGUGUCAACUGCUCCCAGCUAUGCCAGUGUGGUCCUGGAGAGAGGUGCCACCCACAGACCGGGGCUUGUGUGUGUCCCCCAGGACACAGUGGCGCACCCUGCAAGUUGGGAGUCCAGGAGUCGUCCACCGUAAUGCCCACAUCUCCUGUGACCCACAGCUCACUGGGCGCAGUGAUUGGCAUUGCAGUACUGGGGACCCUUGUGGUGGCCCUGGUAGCACUGUUCAUUGGCUACCGCCAUUGGCAAAAGGGCAAGGAGCACGAGCACUUGGCGGUGGCUUACAGCUCUGGGCGACUGGAUGGCUCGGAUUAUGUCAUGCCAGAUGUCUCUCCGAGCUACAGUCACUACUACUCCAACCCUAGCUACCACACUCUGUCUCAGUGCUCUCCUAACCCGCCCCCCCCUAACAAGGUUCCGGGGAGUCAGCUCUUUGUCAGCUCCCAGGCACCUGAGCGGCCAGGCAGAGUCCACGGACGUGAUAAUCACGCUACACUGCCCGCAGACUGGAAGCACCGACGAGAGCCCCAUGGCAGAGGCUCCAGCCACCUGGACCGAAGCUAUAGCCACAGGAACGGCCCAGGACCACUCUGUCAUAAAGGUCCCACUUCUGGAGAGGAGCUGGGGGCAAGUGUUAUGUCCCUGAGCAGUGAGAACCCCUAUGCUACCAUCAGAGAUCUGCCCGGCUUGCCUGGGGAUCCUCGAGAAAGCAGCUACGUGGAGAUGAAAGGCCCGCCAUCAGUGUCCCCUCCCAGGCACCCUCCUCAUCUGCGGGGCAGUCAGCGGCGGCAGCCACAGAGAGACAGUGGCACCUAUGAGCAGCCCAGCCCCUUGAGCCACAAUCAAGAGCCUGUGGGCUGUACGCCCCCUCUUCCUCCGGGUCUGCCUCCUGGCCACUAUGACUCACCCAAAAACAGUCACGUCCCUGGCCACUAUGACUUGCCUCCUGUACGGCAUCCACCAUCACCUCCGCCUCGGCGCCAGGACCGCUGAGGAGUCCGCAUGGUGUGGGAUAGCACCUGUGUUCCCUGCCAGGAGCAGGGACCAGACCAGCAGGCCAUGGACAGGCUCGCUGGAUAAAGAGAACAGAGACUGAUGUUGUCUCUCAGCUUCCUUCUGCCAAGGGAGACAGACACGAGUUGACAAACUGUCCAACUCCCUUUCUUCAACCCAGUGUUCCUUCCUAGGCUCUGGACUAGAUGGGGGGCUGAAGGUUGUGGGAUAUAAGUCUGAUUUUAGAUUGAUUUUAAAAAUGUGUCGGGUACCUCUUCUGUGCGUAUACCCAGGCGGAGCUGUGUGUGUCUAGUUGGCUUCAGAGGGUACCGGGCACAGGCUCUGCCUUCUGCGCUUCCCAUGUAGCUAACCUCUGAGCUUAACCAGCGCCAACAUCAGGCCCCGGCUACCUGCCCACCCUUCGCUUGGUAAUCAAUGUUUUUGCUGCAGUGGUUGCAUCUGCCUGUGGUGUUUAUCUCCCUGGUCCUCCUUGGGCUCCUGCCCAGCUUCACUCUUUCCUGGAGCGAAGGCUAUCUGCCGUGCUGCCUCCUCCCCCAGGGACCCCCCAGGGACCCCCCCCAGGGACUGGUGCAUCUCAGCUCAGCCUCCCACGUUGCCUGUUGAUGUCUGCGGAAGGCAGGGAUGGUGCCAGCCAUUAUUGUGUUUUUUUGUUGUUGUUGUUUUUUUUACGAGACAGAAUUUCUCUGUAUUGUUUUUGAGGCUGUCGGUCCGGCCUGGCCUCGAAGUCACAGAGAUCCGCCUGCCUCUGCCUCCCGAGUGCUGGGAUUAAAGGCGUGCACCACCACCGCCUGGCAAAAAGGAACAUGCAUUAUAGUUUUUGAAACCUUGUCUCACUAUGUAGACCUGGCUGUGCCGGAACUUACUACGUAGACCAGGCUGGCCUUGAACUCAGAGGUCUGCCUGCCUCUGCCUCCAAGUGCUGGCUUUAAAGGCGUGGGCCACAUGCACUGCGAGCUCAGACUGCACAGUGAUGAUGUGAUUUCCAUGUUACUAGAUUAGCCUCUGCCACCCCCUAGCGGGGAGACAGACCCACGCUGCCUGAAUGCAGGACUCCAUGUUUAUGUUUACUGUUGGUUUCCCUUGACACACGGUAGUCAAUAAAGGUUCCUUUAAAAGCUG